AUGGGUAAUUGUAUUAAAGGUAACGCCCGGCGCCCUCACAGUGGGUCCACAUAUUCUUCGAGGUCGUGGAGAAGUCGAUUCCAAAGUAUAUCUAAUGGCGGAACAGAACACAAGAUUAUGAGCGCUCAGUACUCCUAUGAGGGCAGCGAUGAGGGAGAGCUGAGCUUUGAAAAAGGCGACCAAAUGGUCAUCAUUGAUGAUAAGGAGCCCGACUGGUGGCUCGCGAAGAGAUACAACUCCGAGACGACCGGUUAUAUACCCAUGAAUUAUGUGGUUAUGAAUAUUAUUGAAACUGAAGACUGGUUUUUCAGCAAAACCUCUCGAAGGUUAGCGGAAAAGUUGAUUCUAUUGGAUAACUAUCCGAGGGGUACUUUCCUGAGAAGACUGCCAUCGAUACCCAAUUAUGAGGCGACAAAUGGUACGAAUGGUCCGAAACAGAAGAUAGUGAUCGCUCUGUACUCCUAUGAGGGUAGGGGUGAGGGAGAGCUGAGCUUUGAAAAGGGAGACAAACUGGUCAUCAUUGAUGAUACGGACGGCAAGUGGUGGCUCGCAAAGGGUCUCACCUCCGAGACGAGCGGUUAUAUACCCAUGAUUCAUGGGCCAUGA